AAAAAGAAAGACAGUGAGAGAGAGAGAGCGAGUGAGAGAGAGAAAGAAAGAAAGAAAAAGCCGAUAGAGUGGAGAGAGAGAGAGAGAGAGCGCUCGCUAGUUUGAACAGAGGUUGCAGCGGACUUGGAGGAGGUUUUGCAACGCUGCCACGACCAGGAUAACAACCGCAGCCCCCCGUUCUCGUUAAGCCAGCCCUGAAAGAGCGUGGAAAGCAGCAACCAUGUCAGCUGCAGAUAAGUACUUGUACGUGGACCGCUCCGUGGUGAACAACCCACUGGCGCAGGCAGACUGGGCCAGUAAGAAGCUGGUAUGGGUUCCAUCGGAGCGCCUGGGCUUCGAGGCCGGCUCAGUGAAGGAGGAGCACGGAGACGAGGUGCUGGUGGAGCUCGCCGACUCUGGCAAGAAAGUCAGAGUCAACAAGGAUGACAUCCAGAAGAUGAACCCUCCAAAGUUUAACAAGGUGGAGGACAUGGCUGAACUGACAUGCCUGAAUGAGGCCUCCGUGCUGCACAACCUGAAAGAGAGAUACUACUCAGGCCUUAUCUACACAUACUCUGGACUCUUCUGUGUGGUGAUAAAUCCCUAUAAGAACCUGCCCAUCUACUCAGAAGAGAUUGUGGAAAUGUACAAGGGAAAAAAGAGACACGAGAUGCCCCCCCACAUCUAUGCCAUCACAGAUACUGCAUACAGAAGCAUGAUGCAAGAUCGUGAAGAUCAGUCUAUCCUGUGCACGGGUGAGUCUGGAGCUGGAAAGACAGAAAACACCAAGAAGGUCAUUCAGUAUCUGGCCCAUGUGGCCUCCUCUCACAAGACCAAGAAAGACCAGAACAGCUCGGUCCUGUCACAUGGAGAGCUGGAGAAACAGCUGCUGCAGGCAAACCCCAUCCUCGAGGCCUUCGGUAACGCCAAAACGGUCAAGAACGACAAUUCCUCAAGAUUUGGCAAAUUCAUCAGAAUCAACUUUGAUGUUAACGGUUACAUCGUUGGAGCCAACAUUGAGACCUACCUUCUGGAGAAGUCCCGUGCCAUCCGCCAGGCCAGAGAAGAGAGAACCUUCCACAUUUUCUACUACAUGCUCUCUGGAGCAGGAGACAAAAUACGCACUGAACUGUGUCUGGAGGGCUACAGUAAAUAUCGCUUCCUGUCCAACGGCAAUGUCACCAUCCCAGGCCAGCAAGACAAAGACAUGUUCACCGACACCAUGGAGGCCAUGCGCAUCAUGGGCUUCUCCCCGGAGGAGCACAUUGGUUUGCUGCGGGUGGUGUCCUCAGUACUGCAGCUGGGUAACAUGAGCUUUAAGAAGGAACGUCACUCUGACCAGGCCUCUAUGCCUGAUGAUACGGCGGCACAGAAAGUGUGUCACCUGAUGGGCAUGAAUGUGACAGACUUCACUCGGGCCAUCCUGUCUCCGCGCAUCAAGGUGGGUAGAGAUUAUGUUCAGAAGGCCCAGACGCAGGAGCAGGCUGAGUUUGCUGUGGAGGCUCUGGCCAAGGCCACCUAUGAAAGAAUGUUCCGCUGGCUUGUCAUGCGCAUCAACAAAGCUCUGGACAAGACCAAGCGUCAGGGCGCCUCCUUCAUUGGCAUCCUGGAUAUCGCUGGCUUUGAGAUCUUUGAGCUGAACUCAUUUGAGCAGCUUUGCAUCAACUACACCAACGAGAAGCUGCAGCAGCUGUUCAACCACACCAUGUUCAUCCUGGAGCAGGAGGAGUACCAGCGCGAAGGCAUUGAGUGGAGCUUCAUUGACUUCGGCCUGGAUCUGCAGCCCUGCAUUGACCUCAUCGAGAAACCUGCGAGUCCCCCUGGUAUCCUGGCUCUGCUGGAUGAGGAGUGCUGGUUCCCCAAAGCCACAGACAAGAGCUUUGUGGAGAAGGUCUUGCAAGAGCAGGGCACACAUCCCAAAUUCUUCAAACCUAAGAAACUGAAGGACGAGGCUGACUUCUGCAUUAUCCACUACGCUGGCAAAGUGGACUACAAAGCUGAUGAAUGGCUGAUGAAGAACAUGGACCCCCUGAACGAUAAUGUGGCGACAUUGCUCAACCAGUCCACUGAUAAGUUUGUGUCCGAGCUGUGGAAGGACGAGGUGCAGAGUUGUCAGAGAGCUUAUUUUUAUCAGCGUUUUCCUUUCCUUCAUUUUGAGCCAGGGGAGAUGGACCGUAUCGUUGGGUUGGAUAAAGUGGCCGGUAUGUCGGAAUUGCCUGGUGCUUUUAAGACUCGUAAGGGAAUGUUCAGGACUGUUGGCCAGCUCUAUAAGGAGCAGCUGUCCAAACUGAUGGCCACUCUCAGGAACACCAACCCCAACUUUGUGCGCUGUAUCAUUCCCAACCAUGAGAAGAAGGCUGGAAAGUUGGACCCUCAUCUGGUUCUGGAUCAGCUCAGGUGUAAUGGUGUCCUGGAGGGAAUCCGUAUCUGCAGACAGGGCUUCCCCAACCGUAUUGUCUUCCAGGAGUUUAGACAGAGGUAUGAGAUCCUCACUCCUAAUGCCAUCCCUAAAGGCUUCAUGGAUGGCAAACAGGCUUGUGUGUUGAUGAUCAAAGCUCUGGAGCUGGACCCUAACCUGUACCGAAUCGGACAGAGUAAAGUGUUCUUCCGAGCCGGAGUUUUGGCCCACCUGGAGGAGGAGCGAGACAUGAAGAUUACUGACGUCAUCAUUAGCUUCCAAGCCUGGUGCCGUGGCUAUGUCGCCCGCAAGGCAUUCGCCAAGAGGCAGCAGCAGCUGACGGCCAUGAAGGUGAUCCAGAGGAACUGCGCCGCUUAUCUCAAACUCAGAAACUGGCAGUGGUGGAGACUCUUUACAAAGGUGAAGCCUCUGCUCCAGGUGAGCCGGCAGGAGGAGGAGAUGCAGGCAAAAGAGGAUGAGCUCAACAAAGUCAAAGAGAAACAGCUACAUGCUGAGAAACAGCUGGAAGAUAUGGAGGUCAAACAGCAGCAGCUGAUGGCGGAGAAGCUAGCGCUACAAGAGCAGCUGCAGGCUGAGAUGGACCUGUGUGCCGAGGCAGACGAGAUGAGGAACCGACUGGUGGCAAAAAAGCAGGAGCUGGAGGAGAUCCUGCAUGACCUUGAGGCUCGAGUGGAGGAAGAGGAAGAGAGAGCCAAUCAUCUUCAAACAGAAAAGAAGAAGAUGCAACAGAAUAUCACGGAUCUGGAGCAGCAGCUGGAUGAGGAAGAAGCAGCCCGUCAGAAGCUGCAGCUGGAGCGUGUCACUCUGGAGGCUAAACUGAAGAAGGUGGAGGAGGAUGUCAUGGUGCUGGAUGACCAAAACAACAAACUGUCUAAGGAAAAGAAGCUUUUGGAAGAAAGAGUUGCAGAGUUCACAACCAACCUGGCAGAGGAGGAGGAGAAAUCCAAGAGUCUACAGAAGCUAAAGAACAAACAUGAAGCCAUGAUCACAGAUCUAGAGGACCGUCUGCGGCGGGAGGAGAAGCUGCGCCAGGAGCUGGAGAAGAACCGCAGAAAGCUGGAAGGUGACUCCACAGAGCUUCACGAUCAGAUCGCUGAGCUGCAAGCCCAAAUCGCCGAGCUCCGCGCUCAGCUGGCAAAGAAGGAGGAGGAGCUCCAGGAGGCGCUGGCCAGGAUUGAGGAGGAAGCAGCACAGAAGAAUCUGGCCCAGAAAAAGAUCCGUGAGCUGGAGGCUCAGUUGAGCGAGUUGCAGGAGGAUUUGGAGCUGGAGCGGGCCGCUCGCACUAAAGCAGAGAAACACCGGCGUGACCUGGGAGAGGAGCUGGAAGCGCUGAAGACUGAGCUGGAGGACACACUGGACUCCACCGCUGCCCAACAGGAACUCAGGGCAAAGCGUGAGACAGAGGUGGCUCAUCUGAAGAAGACUCUGGAGGAUGAAGCUAAAGUGCAUGAGCAAGUGGUGGUGGAGAUGAGACAGAAACACGGUCAGGCAUUUGACGAGCUCAAUGAGCAACUGGAACAGGCUAAGAGGAAUAAGGCAUCUGUGGACAAGGCCAAGCAAGCUCUGGAGUCAGAGCGCAAUGAGCUGCAGAUCGAGUUGCAGACGCUCAUGCAGGGGAAGGGCGAGUCUGAGCACCGCAGGAAGAAAGCUGAGGCUCAGGUGCAGGAGCUACAGGUCAAACAUGCUGAGAGUGAGAAGCAGAGAGCUGAACUGGCAGAAAAAGUGACCAAGCUGCAGGCAGAGCUGGAUAAUGUGAACAGCUUGCUCAGCGAAGUAGAGGGCAAGUCCAUCAAAGCAACCAAAGACUGCUCAGCCGUGGAAUCACAGCUGCAGGACGUCCAGGAACUGCUCCAGGAGGAGACCCGUCAGAAGUUGUCUUUUGGCACACGACUGCGGCAGCUGGAGGACGAGCAGAAUGGCCUGAAAGAACAGCUGGAAGAAGAGGAAGAGGCCAGGAGGAACGUAGAGAAACAGCUGCAGGCUGCGCAGGCCCAGCUGGGUGAGCUGCGUAAGAAGAUGGAGGUGGAGGCAGGCUCUUUGGAGAACGCAGAAGAAGGUAAGAAGCGUGUUCAGCGUGACUUGGAGGCAGUCACUCAGCGGCUUGACGAAAGAAGCCUGGCUUACGACAAGCUGGACAAGACAAAAACCCGUUUGCAGCAGGAGCUGGACGAUCUGCUGGUUGAUCAGGACCAUCUGCGCCAGAUCGUAUCCAACCUAGAGAAGAAACAGAAGAAGUUCGACCAGAUGUUGGCAGAGGAGAAGUCUAUCUCGGCUCGUUAUGCAGAGGAGCGCGACCGUGCCGAGGCUGAGGCUCGAGAGAAGGAGACACGGGCGCUGGCUCUGGCCCGCGAACUCGAGACCAUCUCUGACAUGAAGGAUGAACUUGACCGCGCAAACAAGAUGCUCCGGGCUGAGAUGGAGGACCUGGUCUCCUCCAAGGAUGACGUUGGAAAGAGCGUGCAUGAGCUGGAGAAGUCGAAGCGCGGGAUGGAGCAGCAGCUAGAGGAGAUGCGCACACAGCUAGAGGAGCUUGAGGAUGAGCUACAAGCCACAGAGGACGCCAAACUGAGGCUGGAAGUCAACAUGCAGGCCAUGAAGGCACAAUAUGAGCGCGACCUGGCUGGAAAGGAUGAGAUGGGAGAGGAAAAGAAGAGGCAGCUCGUCAAACAGGUACGGGAGAUGGAGAUGGAGCUUGAGGACGAGAGGAAGCAGCGCUCCGUUGCCGUGGCAGCCCGUAAGAAGAUGGAGCUGGAUCUGAAGGAACUAGAGGCGGCUAUCGAUCAGGCCAACAAGAACCGUGAGGAGGCCCUCAAACAGCUCAAGAAACUUCAGGCUCAAAUGAAGGACCUCCUGCGGGAGCUGGACGAGACGCGUCUCUCCAGGGAGGAGAUUCUGGCCCAGAGCAAAGAGAAUGAGAAGAAGGUCAAGAGCAUGGAGGCAGACAUGAUCCAAAUGCAGGAGGAACUAGCUGCAGCAGAGCGUAUGAAGAGACAGGCUCAGCAGGAAAGAGAUGAACUGCAGGACGAGAUCAACAACCAGGCCAGCAAGACUGCUCUAGCUGUGGAGGAGAAACGUCGACUGGAGGCGAGAAUCGCUCAGUUGGAGGAGGAGCUGGAGGAGGAGCAGGGCAACACGGAGCUCCUGAACGACCGUCUGAAGAGAACUCUGCUGCAGGUGGAUCAGGUGAAUGUGGAGCUUACUGCAGAGCGCAGCACCUCCCAGCGUUUGGAGGGUGCGCGGUCACAGUUUGAGCGCCAGAACAAGGAGCUGAAACUCAAACUGACUGAGAUGGAGGGAACAGUGAAGAGCAAAUACAAGGCUACCAUUGCCGCUCUGGAGGCCAAAAUCGCACAGCUCGAAGAGCAGCUGGAUGUUGAGACUAGAGAGAGGCAGUCGGCCACCAAAUUGGUGCGUCGCACAGAGAAGAAGUUGAAGGAGGUUGUUCUGCAGGUGGAUGAUGAGAGACGCAACUCUGAACAGUACAAAGACCAGACAGAGAAACUGAACAGCCGUAUGAAGCAGCUGAAGAGGCAGCUGGAGGAGGCUGAGGAGGAGGCACAGAGAGCUAAUGCUAACCGCAGAAAACUACUGCGUGAGCUGGAGGACGCCACCGAGUCGGCUGAUGCCAUGAACCGUGAGGUGACCUCACUCAAGAGCAAACUCAGGCGCGGCGAUUUGCCCUUCACCAUGCGCCGCGUCGUCAGCCGCGGUGGUGUGGAGAGUGAUGAAGAGAGCGAGGCCAAGAGCGAAACCCCUGAACCCAAACCAGAGUGAACAAACUCUUACAGUGCCACCUCUGGCUGCAGUGCUGAACUGCAGCUGUGUUUUUCUUACAUGCACACAUGUACACAUACCUUUGGACAUCACUGUCCCCUGGAGCUCAGAGAUGCACACGCGAUUUGUUAGUGCCAUAGCAAAUUCUCUCUCUCUCUCACACACACACACACACACACACACACACACACACACACACACACACACACACACACACACACACACACACGUUCCGUUGACAAUCAACACUUCCAACACAGUUAUUCAUCACUCAGCCAAGGACCAAAUUUUGUCAUCGUGUUUGUUCUCUGGGAUUUAAAAGAUAAUGAAUGAUAUUUUUGUAAGGAGACAUUCCAGUUCUCGUAGGCUCGUUUUCGGAUCUAUUUUUCUAAUUGAAGUAACGGAAGCACAGGAGUGUGUGAAAGAUUGAACCAGUCGUUAAAAGUGAAGAACACAAACUGUUGGAAGGGGACCAAAAUGGCGAAGCUCUCUAUAGAAGUGUAUUUUAUUCUGACGUUUUUAUAAAAGGCAUAAGGAUGAAAGUAUACUACCCAGUUAUGGUAACUGCUGCAUCCUGUCUGUCUGUCUGUCUCUCUCUGUCUCCUUAUCUAUCUCUCUCGCCUGUGUUGGUAAAUUAGAGGCACUUGUACUGUAUAAAAGUAUCAUCUUCCACUUUUUGCGCUUUUUGGGCUUGAUGAAACUGUAACCCGUACUUCAUUUAACUCGAACGUGCACCGAGAAUAUUAGCAAGGUGCACUGUAACAUGAAUAGGAUUACAUAUGUCUUCACACUGAGCAAUACAACAAAUCUAAUUGGAAAGAAUGGAAGGAAUACAGAAAAGUCGGGCAAUGCACAAGCUCAUAGACACAGCACUAUGCACUAUAGCCUUAAAGUCAGAUGCGUUCUACUAUUACGACUUUUUCCAAUAUUUCUCAAUAUUUUGUUGUUUUUUUUUUUUUUUUUUUUUUGUUUGUUUGGUUUUUUUUUAGGUAAUUUUGGACGUUUCCUACAGUCUCUUUACUGAUGUGCAGGGAAAAGCCGGGGUGGUGGGGUAGAUUUAUUCUCUCACAGCACACUGUAAUCCGCUUUUCUUGCUCACACUGCUGGGAAGUGAGAGGAAUUUAUUCUAAUGUUGACGUAUAAAUAGCUAACGAGUACUCUCCAUACAUACAUAACGACACAAAAAAAGAGAAUGCAAAAAAAAAAAAAAAAUCUUAAUUUUGUACUAUUGUUUUUUUUCUGCAACUCUAAAAUGAUAUCCAGAGAGAGGAGUUGAAAACUGUUGGUAUUAUGCAAAUAAACAUGGCUUUCUAAAACGGC